GGUCUCACUUCCCACCCGUCAACGGAUCGAAGAAUUCUGUUCAUCCCCCGAAACUCCUCUUUGCCAAUCCAACCCCUCGGCUUUCCAAACUGGAAGCUUCGAUGUCGGAUUUGUUCUGGAGCGAGGAGGAGCGGGGCAUGGCUGCCGCCGUCCUCGGCCCCGUGGCCUUCGACUACCUCGCCGCCAGCCGCACAUCCUCCGACGGCCUCACCGCCGCAGCCUCCUCCGCCGAGGCCGACCUCCAGAGCCGCCUCCUCGACCUUGUCGAGGGUCCCCCCGACCGCCCUUGUCUCGGCUGGAACUACGCCAUCUUCUGGCAGAUUUCCCGCGCCAAGUCCGGUGACCUCGUCCUCGGCUGGGGCGACGGGUCCUGCCGUGAUCUCCGUGACGGCGAGGAGGCCGCGGCGGCGGCUGCGGUCGCGAGGUCCCCCGGUGACGAUGAGUCCCAGCAGAAAAUGAGGAGGGCCGUCCUCCAGAAGCUCCACGUGUACUUCGGGGGUUCCGACGAGGACAACUACGCCCUCCGCCUCGAUCAGGUCACCGACGCCGAGAUGUUCUUCCUCGUCUCGAUGUACUUCUCCUUUCCUCGGGGGAAGGGCGCGCCAGGUCGGGCUUUGGCGGCCGGGAAGCACCUGUGGAUCUUAUCGCCCUCCGACUACUGCUACAGGGGCUUCUUGGCGGCGUCUGCCGGGUUCCGCACGAUCGUUGUAGUGCCAUUCGAUACAGGCGUUCUCGAAUUGGGAUCCGUUAGAUCGCUAGCUGAAAGCCCUAAUUCAUUGCAGACCAUAAAGUCGGUGUUUUCGGGUACGACGCCUGCGGGGAUGCCGCAGUCUCGCGAGAAGUACGAGAGGAAUGGAUCAGAGGCAUGCCCAAAAAUCUUCGGAAAGGAUCUAAAUCUGGGGACUUCUAAUGUCAAUGACAAGCCUCUAGUUACAAAGGUAGAGGAUAGUUCUUGGGAUACACAACUAAAGAGAGGCAGCGGGGAUUGGGUGCUGUUUCCUAAUGUUCGGAAAGGAAUGCAGAGUUUCAGUUGGAACCAUGUCCGCGGCCCGAGUUCUCAUCAGCAGCAGUUUGGUAAUGGCGCUGUGAUCACUAGCAGUGAAGUCGGCGAUCACAGUGAUGGAGUGCGGGGAGAUACUUUGCUUGGGCAAUUGCAGAUUCAGAAGAAUCAGCAUAACCCCCAACAAUCACUGCAGCCACCACCGAGGCAGAUCGAUUUUAGUGGAGGGACUUCGAGAGCUGGGACUUUGAUUGCCCACGUUGGUGCACUGGAAGGGGACCAUGUAGACAUAGAGGUUUCAUGUAAAGAUGAGAGGGUUGGCCCGCCAGAUGAGCGGCGCCCAAGGAAGAGGGGAAGGAAGCCUGCAAAUGGGAGGGAAGAACCUCUCAAUCAUGUUGAAGCAGAGCGCCAGAGGAGGGAAAAGCUUAACCAGAGGUUCUAUGCUUUGCGUGCUGUGGUGCCUAAUAUUUCAAAGAUGGAUAAGGCAUCUUUGCUGGGAGAUGCCAUUGCAUAUAUUACGGAGCUCCAAAAGAGGUUGAAGGAGAUGGAGUCCGAGAGGGAGAGAUUCUUGGAAUCCAAUGCGAUGGAUCAUAGCACCCGAGUGCAUCAACCUGAGGUUGAUGUGCAAGCUCUUGAGGAUGAGGUGAUUGUGCAAGUCAGCUCUCCAUUGAAUACCCAUCCUGUUUCUAAAGUUUUUCAAGCUUUAAAGGAGGUGCAGGUUAAUGUGGCAGAAUCAAAGGUCACAGGUGGUGGAGAAACUAUUCAGCAUACUUUUAUCAUCAAAUCACCAGGCUCCGAACAGCAAAUUAAGGAUAAGAUAAUUGCUGCUUUGUCUCAUGGAAGUGACUCAACAGAGCAAUUAUACUAACAAUGACCCAGACGGAGUAGGAAGGAUCAUGUUAUCUUAUCACUUUGGAGUCUGCUGCAAAUAGUGAUAUACGUUCUUUUCAUGGUUUACUUGUCCUCAUCACCUCAGUCAGGAUCUGACCUUGCACAGCAUUUGACUAACCUGUUGGUUCACCAAUAACUCUUUUGUUAUUUGUGAUGUAUGUCAGGGCAGAGAGUUCUGGUCAUCAUUUGGUAAUUAGCAAUGCCGUCAUCAUAUGCCUAAGAAACCCAUGUGUAAGUUCUUCAUAUGUUCAAAUCCUAGGUUGCCUAGAUAUCAGCAAUUGGAUGUCUCUCCCGGUGGGCACUUAAGAUAAUUUUCAUAGAAUGGUUGUGCGUUUCUUCUUGAGAAUCUGUAUUUGUAUUAGCUUUCUCCCUGUUUUUGUAUAUACAUCUUUUAUUGAAAAAUUGUCGAAAGUUGAAAACUUGAAAUGAAGUGGUAGUACUUUUGUCAUGCUUGUCACGUUUGCAAUAAAGUUAAUGUAGUUGAGAUGAAUAUGUUCAGGUAGAUGUUUUCACUUAUGAGCAAUAAAGAAUAAAAGUGUUUUAAUAUUCGAAUAAUUGCAUAUAGCUCUGAUAGAGGAUAAAAAUAAAGGAAAACUAUCCGAGAUGGUAUGAACAUAUUUAAAGAAUACUUUUACAUGCAUUGGUUGUGUAAGGUGAAUCUAUUAAGAUUAGUGAUAUAAACAGUGAUAAAGGGAGAUCCAAGAAUUCUAUGUUCGAAACAAUAAAAUGAGAUUUAAUAGCUCUAAGUUUAUUGUCCUAUAAAGAGCUUACUGAUGUGAAAAACUCCAAGUAGAUGGCCCCAAACAAUCGGGACAUUAUGACUUGUUGUUGUGUUUUUACCAUGCCGAGUUGUCAAGAUAUAGGUGGCGACUUGUGCUGCACUUUUAGUCUUCUAAGAGGAUUCUGGUGUUUGGUUCCUAAAAUUCUAGUAUCUUGGUCUUGACCAGCCUACACAUGGUAAGUUGGAUUUGAUUUGUAGGUCACGAUAUACUUAGAUGAUAAAUUUGAAGCUGUCUUUCUUGUCGAAAGGGAACUAAAAGAGAGAUCCAAUUAUUCUCAUAAAAAAGGAACUAAAAGAUAUCCAAUUAGCUCUUUUGUCACCAUUGGGCACACAAACUCUGUAUCUUGUCACAUUGUUUAGGUCUAAAUUCAUUCAUUCAUUUGCACAUACUUAUUUUCCUAGCUACGACAAAAUUUUGAGUUGUUCUACUGUUGUGUGAAGCUGACAGAUGUCCACCGUUCUGUUAAAAUUCUCUUAAAAGAUGAACCAAAAUAGAUCCACUUGCAUAUUUAUUAUCAACUUUGUAGCAAACUAUUUAUCUGAUGAGAAUGCAUACUUUAGAUUGUGUUACUAUUACAUAAAGCUGGACCAUAUGCUUAUUUUCAUUGACCGCUACUACUAGCAUGACGAGUCCCUUCUUGGCAAUAUGCCUCUUGAUUCUCCUUGGUGGGUGGAUGAAUGAAUUUUUCCUUGAUCGUACUGUGGUCUAAUUGAUUAUGAGUUAAUAUCAAACUUCAAUAUUUAUCUGGAUGUUUGAAUUCGAGGAACAGAAAAAUAGGUUGGAUGGCUGAGAAAUAAAGUUGAAAUUGCUUAGUAAUGAUUUAUUUUUUCAUCCAUGAUCCUUCUACAUGAAACUCCUCAUUUCUGUUCACCUUAUCAAUUAUUGACUGUAUUGUAGGAAUUGGGUGCUACCCUCGGCAUAAAACAAUACUUAAAGACCUUGUUAUAAUCAUAUAAUUAGUCUUUUGUCUGAUAUAGUCAUCUCUUCUUUCUUUAACCUGGCGGCUGCCUUUGGUGUUGUGUUGGUAUUUUG